AUGGUGGGUGAUAAAUGUUCUGAUGCGGCUCUGGAAGCCGGGAUUGAGGGCAGGAUGAAGGAAUGGAACAAGGAUACUAGUCAGGAGUUCGAGGCAGGAACUGGAGACAGCAGCAAAGAGGAAAAGACAUGUGUUGCAUCCCAGAACCACGCUAAAGCGAGCAAUGGCGAGGCGGCACAGUCUGCAAAUACUUGCGUAAGCCUCUGGUCUGAAAUACCGAUUCAUCUUUUAGGCGUGGCAUUCGUUCUCAUUUCAUCCAUGUCUCCAUUUGCACUGUCGUGCCUACGUCCGUACAAUAGGCUUCUGAAAUUGACUUUGCCUGUUAAUGUCGAAAUCUGCGGCACAGCUCAAAAUCCAUGGGAAGCGAAGGCGCUCGGUGUUAGUUAUGUGGUAGCGUGA